CAACAGUCCGGUUCUCAAGCAACAAGACUCUUCACCUCCAAUUUCUCUGAUCGUUCCAGUGUCGAUUAACACUAAAAACCAACAUCAAUCAUGCCUUCCUACACACUCCACUACUUCAACCACCGUGGCCGUGCUAGAUCUGCCGUAUGCUGUUCGCAGCUGCUGGUGUCCAGUACAAUGACCGCAGAACGAAUCUUCCGAAUGGGACAGCAUGAGAAACAAGAUGCCAUGUCACAUGAUGCCAAUGUUGGAAUUGGACAACAGAACUCAAAUUCCCCAGAGUAUGCUAUGGCCAGAUAUUUGGCCAGGGAAUUCGGUUUCCAUGGCAGAAACAACAUGGAGAUGGCCAGAAUUGAUUUCAUCUCAGACUGCUUCUAUGACAUCUUGGACGACUACAUGAGAAUGUACCAAGACGGUAACUGCAGAAUGAUGUUCCAGCGAUCCAGAGAUAUGAGCAGCUCUUCUGAGAAGCGUAUGCGAUUCCAAGAGACUUGCCGCAGAAUCCUGCCAUUCAUGGAGAGGACUUUGGAAAUGUACAGCGGUGGUAGCCAAUAUUUCAUGGGUGACCAGAUGACCAUGGCUGACAUGAUGUGCUACUGCGCUCUCGAGAACCCACUGAUGGAAGAACCAUCAAUGCUCAGCAGCUACCCCAAACUGAUGGCACUGAGAAACCGUGUUAUGAACCACUCUAAGAUGUCCAGCUACCUCCAGAGAAGAAGUCGUACUGAAUUCUAAAGCAACAAGUUACAGGCCCAUUGUCUUGAACUUACUCAAGAAAUACAGCUAUAUAUUGAGUUCACUAAUCGAAGAACAUUUACUUGACAAGUCACGAAGUGUCAUGCCAGAUGUUGCAUCGAUUAUGUCAACAUAUUUACCGAUAAAUCUUUUUGUGAAUAUUAUUAUCAUGUGAUAUGAAAAUAAAUAAGAAUGAAUGUUUAACAUUUGCUCAUUUGCGAUAUA